AUGGAGGUGGUGACCCCCGUGCUGGGAUGUGCCCGGCUCGGAGCAGAGGGACUGGGGACACGUUUGUCCUCCCGGAGAGGCCGUGUCCUGGAGCGCAUCCCACGCCACCGGCUCUGCCAGCAUCUCUCCAGCACCCAGCCGGCGGCUGGCGGGUCCCUCCGUGCUGCCCCUCGGGGCCGGGGUCCAUUCGGGCCAAGUCCUAGAAGACCUCGGAGUAAAACCCAAGGUGUGGUGCAAGGCGUCACCUCAGUGGCUGAGAAAGCCAAGGAGCAGGCGUCCCAGCUGGGUGAAGCAGCCUUCUCGGGCGCGGGCAACAUCGCGGCGGCCACUGGGCUGGUGAAGAAGGAAGAGUUCCCUGCAGACCUGAAGCCAGAGGAGGUGGCCCAGGAGGCUGUUGAGGAGCCGCUGGUUGAGCCGCUGCUGGAGCCAGAGGGGGAGAACUACGAGGAGCCCCCGCAGGAGGAAUACCAGGAAUACGAGCCAGAGGCAUAAUGGACCCCUGUCCUCGCCUCUUCCACCAGCAGCACAACGAACCGCCGGUAGCCCCCUGCUCCUCCCCAGCCGGCCCUGGCCGGUGCCCGCAUGCCGGGGAGGAGCAGGGGUGUCCCUGCCCUGUUCGCUCACGAGUUCUUCCUCCAGUUCCGUUCCAAGGGACCGUGUCUGUGUCUCUGUACCGUGUCUAGCAGUGAGAAAACCCCGCCAUGUCCAAGCCCCCGAGCCCUGGCACGUGCCCGAGCCAUGGGCACUGCCCGCAGGGGUUGGUGUGCGUGUGUGCGUGCGUGUGUCCGUGAAGCCCGGGUUUGUGGCUCUGUAUCCCUCCCAGCGCCAUAAACCCUGGCUGCGUCCUGGUGUGUCUGUGUCUGUACAAAGCAUGUUUACCUGCUCGCGGGCUGCUGUACAUUUUGCUUGCACGCGUGUCCCUGUGGUUCUGCUCUGGUCAUUGUGGAACUAUUUUUUUUUAUAUAUCUCUCUCUAUCUAUGGGUGGACGGGUCUUUUGCCUUUGUGAACCCUUGGCGCCCAAGCCCGCUCCCCAGCCUGCUGGGUGGUGGCGGUGCCUGCGCCCUCCCCGAGGUCCCGUAGUGCCGACGCUGUGUUGUGACGUGGCAUGGAUAUCCCCCCGCCCUCGUCGCUGGAUGUGCAAUACGAGGGCAGCUGCCAGUGACACAGCUGCCCCCGUGUCCGUGAAUAAAGCCAACUCCUGUCUGUA